AUGCGGAACACAGUGAAGCGUAACCCGGGUAUAACAACACAAGCCCUUCUAGACUUCGACGAUCAUGGCGACUCGUCGUCGGAUUCAGAUUUUCGGAUCGAGGACCACGACGGCGAGAGUGAUGAUUGUUCGACUGGUUCCAACGAAGAUUAUGGUAAAGACAACGACGCAGAUGAUGACGAUGACGAUGAUGACGAUGAUGAGGAUGAUGAGGAUACUGAGGACGACGACGCUGACGAGGACCUAGCGCUUCUUAUCCAAAAUGUCGGCAGAGUUGGAAAUGGGCCACAGGAGCAGCAGCGACAGAAGAAUGAUCAUAACGGUACCGAGGGUAUUGGCGGCACGGAGCAAAGCGAGAGCAAGCUCCCUGGGGUUGACGAUAGUGGUGAAGACGUGAAUGAUGAUGUCGAGGACGGAGAAAAUGCCACUGAUGGUGGUAGCGCAGGAGCCAAGUCCAAAACGGUUGAGACAGCGGCAUUGCAAAACUUUGCCUUGCUACCGGUACGAAAUGUAGCAUCGGAACGGGAAGCAGCCGUGCAGAAACUGUUGGAAAAACCCAUCUGUUGCGCUUGCCUCGGUGACCGUAGUGAUGAUCAGAAUGAAAUUGUCGAGUGUGAUGGGUGCGGGGUGACGGUUCAUGAAGGAUGCUACGGUGUUAGCGAAAGUACUAGUAUUAGCAGUACCAUUUCAUCAUGUUCCACCGAACCAUGGUUCUGCGACGCGUGCAAAGCAGGCAUCGAAAACCCUGAUUGUGAGCUGUGUCCCAACAAAGGGGGUAUCUUCAAGGAGACGGAUGUUGGCAAGUGGGUGCAUUUGGUGUGCGCACUCUACGUGCCGGGAGUCGCCUUCGGCGAUGUGGACCAGCUGUCUUCGGUUACGCUGUUCGAGAUGCCUUACAAUAAGUGGGGUGCCAAAACAUGCAGCCUAUGCGAGGAUGCCCGGCUGGCUCGAACCGGUGUCUGCAUUGGAUGUGAUGCAGGGAUGUGCAAGAUGUACUUCCAUGUGACCUGCGCUCAAUACGUCGGUCUGCUGUCGGAAGCUCAAGCCGAAGAGGCGGAUCAGGCGGAUCCGUUCUACGCUCACUGUCGAAUCCAUUCGGACAAGACACUCAUUAAGCAACGCAAGCGUAACUAUAACGCAAUCAAAAUGAGGGGCGUACGUAGACAGCGGGCUGUAGAAGAAACGCGUCAAAUGCAGAAGCCCUCGCCUGAGCAACUGCGCAUCGACCGUAAGCUUACCAAACACCGGAAUCGCUACGUGCAGAACAACGAAACGAAAAAGCCGCCCUGGGUACCGACACAGAAGAUGCCUCGGCUAUUGAUAACAAGUGCGACCGCUUGCAAAAAAUUAUUACUGAAAACGGAGUUCAUGGGGCUCGACAUGGCCGCAACCGAGUUCCAGGAGGCGCAGAUGGCUGCCCUAAGCGAUGUACGCAAAAAGUGGCACAUCCCGCCGGCGUUCAACGUGGAAUUCACAGGCUACUAUCUUGACCGUUCGAUUCGCCUAGCAGACAUGAAGAAGAAGCUGAAUGAGCAGGAGAUGAUCAACAAACUACUUCUGGACAAGCAACAGAUGCUGCGCAUGAAGUAUGACCGGAGCGUCCAGGAAAAUCAAGAGGUGUUGCGCAAAAACGCAUCAUUGAAAGAGGAAAUUGAUGGCUUGUACGCGCAUUUGUUGGCCCUCUGUCCGAACAAACCACUCGUGCCGGUAGAACAAGUCGGAAGACCCGUACUCCUGCCCCUUCCACCGACAAUGUCGGCGGUAGCAGCGUCUCCGUUAUCCCUGCCCACUGCUCCCUACGGCAAGGGCCAUCAAGGCGUGGUGAUUAAUACGUCCCAUCCUCACUGCUCUACACCGCCGGCUGCUCGUACUAUGACAGUUCCGACGGCGGCUGCACUCAAGAUGGGUGUAGGCUUUCCGCUACAGAAUCUGAUGGUACCCGGCAAGCGGGAUGACACCGGACGCAUACUGAGCACUCAGUGCAAGCAAAACAGUGAAGAUUUGUUAAACGAGUGUGGUAUCUGCAAACGGUGUAGCGAUCAGCAUCUGUUGGCCAAGUGUGACACCUGCUACCUGCACUACCACCUCGGCUGCCUCAACCCUCCGCUGUCGCGCCAUCCGAAAAAGUCGAAGCUGUACGGUUGGCAGUGCUCGGAAUGUGAUAAAUCGGACGAUUCGAAUCCGGAGAGCAUCAUCAUACCGAAGGCACCGCGCAAGUCACGCACCCGCUAUACAAAGGACGGUAUCAUCGUGCCGUAUGAUUUGUCUUUCGGCGAGCAGCAACACUGUGGUAAUGACGGUUGGAAAAAGCUGUUUAAAGCUGAAGCAUUAGAGCAUCCGAUUGGGGUUGGGUCCGGCGGCGUGUGUACACCGACCAAACUUGUGUUACCGGAGGUGGGUGAAAGUCCAUCUCGAGGAGGGUUGCUCACUGGUGAAUCGAUACGCCAAGAGCCCGAUACCGGAAGUCCUACGGCGUCGCCUAAUGCACAGUCUGGUAUCGAAGUUUCUCCGCUUACGUCGACUAAGAUGCCGGGGAAACGAGGACGUAAGAGAAAAGUACUCGACCAUGCAACGGGUUCAGGGCACCUUUCGCUACCGGAAAUCCACCAACAGCAGCCGCUUGCCCUAACUAAUUCGUCACCGGAAGAGGUGAAGCAACAGGAAGUAAGGCUAGCCAACAGAAAGGAUUCACCACCGAACGGCGUGGUUAGGGCAAGUGAUGAAGACGAACUGCCACUGGAUGUAAUGCGCCAGCAGCAGGCACCGACGACCCCGAAAACCACCGGGCUAGAUGAGGUUGGCUCAAGCCCGUGCAAGCACUUACCGCCGGAUGUGGAUGAGUUUGAAGCUCGGCCAGGCCUCGUGCCAAUAUUACUUAUACCUAGGGCGACAGUGACGGAGGAGGAGUUGGCCGCGAUCCCCGGUUUUCGAGAGCAGUCCGAAUUGACAAGUUUCUCUACGCAGCACAAACACAGCAAACGACGAAAGGAAAAGCAUCGAAACCGUUCUCCCAAUGACGAGCGGUUUAUCUCGAAGGAUCAUAAGCGAAAACGGAAGCGCAAGUACCAUGGCUAUCGCGACGGUACGGAUGCUGUGGGCGACGGCAGUUACACAGAUCCGGCUUACGUAGACUGCCGACCACGCAUUAAGAUAAAAAUAAAAUCUGCUUCGGAUGGUUCGAAUACGCAUACAACUCAAAUAUAUUACGUACGUGACGAAACUGUCCCGGAUGACGCUUCGCAUCUGAUCUCGACGCUGGCAGAUAGUUCGUCGCAGAUUGAUUCCUGCAUGAGGAAGCAAGCAAUGAUGUCGCCACCGCAUCGAGUACCUUUUGACAGUACCUCUGCGCGACCGACCGGAGCGCGGCCACGGGUCAAGCGGGACCAGAAUAUCCGCGGCUUUGGAAAUCAUAGUAUUAGCGUGGGAGUAGCGUGCACCAGCGGCCUCGGUACAACCACCUGCGAUGAGUUGAUAUGUGACGUUUGCCGUAACCAAGGGACAUCGAAUGAUAUCGUUCAGUGUGAUGAAUGUCAUAAAAACUACCAUUUUGGAUGUUUAGAACCGCCACUGAAAAAAACGCCCAAACGGCGAGGAUAUUCGUGGCAUUGUGCCGAUUGCGAUCCAACGGAUAUCGAUGAAUGAGUCUACUGAAAAGGUUGGGCGAAUUAAGUGAGUAUAUUUGGGGUUAUUUCAGUCUGGCUACGCUAUCAUAUGCGGGCCCAUUGCGGGAGGUCUUCUGGAUGGUUAAUGAUCAGAUUUCCAACUUUGUCCCGGCAUCAGGUGACCUUAGGUAUAAGUUUCUUUUUUGUGAACCUAUUUUUCUUACUUUUUGCGCUUUUUACUAUCAUGGUAAGGGGUCAUAUUUGGGGUUAUUUUACUCUGGCUACGCUAUCAUAUGCGGGCCCAUUGCGAGAGGACUUCUGGAUGGAUAAUGAUCAGAUUUCCAACCUAGUCCCGGUAUCAGGUGACCUUAAGUAAAAGUUUCUUUUUUGUGAACCUAUUUUUCGUUUUUUUGCGCUUUUUCCUAUUACGUUUUUUACUUUACAUUUACUAUGGUAAGGUUCUACGCUUAUACACGGCCUGCGCCUAGCUGUCAUUGCUUUGUGCACAACCAUUUUUUAU